AUGCCGCCUCCAUUCCUGCCACCGGGCUCCUACAAGUCAGGACACCGACAUCUCGAUGUCUUCUCGCCGGUCGAUCAGAAUGGUAGUUUCUGUUUCGACAGAGUAAUAAGGCGCGGCAAAGUACUCCGGCGUGUGAAGAACAAGGGAGCUUGGAAAGCCUCAUGGAAGCCUGCAUAUCUGGUCUUGAGGCCGAACCUUCUGUCCGUCUACCAAAACGCAGACGAAACCGAUCUCAAGGUAUCUAUAACGCUGUCUGAUGUCAAUGCUGUGGCACCCGUCCGCAAAUCAAGAGCCGAAAACGUGUUCGGAGUCUUUUCGCCGUCCAAGAACUAUCACUUUCAAGGCCUGUCGGCGGCCGAUACCGCGGACUGGAUUGCACACAUCCGUCUCGAAGCGAGGACGGACGAGGAGGACCAAAUCGAUCUGCGUGCGCCACAGUACUCCAACCGCGAUGGCGAAACAUCCAAUACCUAUGAGUCGACCGACAUGUCGGCAGAUGAAGCACAUAAUGCUCCAAAGUCUUAUGAUGGACAUCAGACAGGUCUGCAAAAGAGGCCGAGAAAAGGGUCCUAUUUGACCCAGCAAACCACUCUUCACGACUACUCUGGAACCGAGCAAUUAUCAACAUCGAUGUCUGAUUUCUCCGAUACGCUGGGUAGCUCUCUACCGAAGAACUCUACCACCUCGCUUCCGAAGCAACCAGUCCUCACUCCUAUCGCUUCUUCACAGCAGCUAGCGACAUUGUCCACACCUAAGCUGCCCGCUCAGCAGCAAUUAUCAACGUCUCAUCAGGAUCAAACGGUCGACCCAGAACGGGUCAUUCGUCAUGGAUACCUGCAAAUCCUCAAGUCGCACAAGACGGGUGUCAAAGGUUGGAAAUGGCUCUGGGUUGUUCUGCGAGCCCGAAGCCUGUCAUUCUACAAGAACGACCAAGAAUAUUCUGCAUUGAAGAUCUUCUCAAUGAGCUCGAUCAUCAAUGCCGCAGAAAUCGAUCCGAUCAGCAAGUCGAAGAAUUUCUGUUUUCAGGUCAUCAUGGAUGACAAGUCAUACCGGUUCUGUGCCCACGAUGAGGAUGACUUGGAAAAGUGGCUUGGUGCCUUGAAAAGUGUGUUGAGCAGACGGCAGGAGUCCCAGAAAUUCUUGGGAAACGGCAAAAGGAAAAGCAUUACGGAAGCGACUGCCGGCCUUUCCUUGCGGUGA